AGAUUAUAAACGGGCCUCGGCUAGUGUCCAAACCUGAGCUCAGAACAGAACCCAACUCGAAUCAGCUCAGGUGAGCCCAUGAACAACACUGGCCAAGACAAAGCAAUGUAAGGAAAACUACAACAACCACUGUCUCAACCGUUCUCCGACAGACAACAUUAACCUCAUAUUUUCACUUAAAAAAAUUUCUUCCGCUACCCUUUCCUUUCCCUCAGACUCAAAACUCUCUUCUCCCAGAAUUCCCUCAAAUGAAACUCAAUCUCUUUUUAAACGCAAUCCCCACAGCAAACUCUUUACUCCCAUUCCUUUCUUUCCCUUCAGGGACAAAAACCCAAAUUUCCUUGUUCAAGUCACCCUCUUCUUUUUCCUUCUCUUCAAAACCCUCUUCUUGUUUCGUCCCACUUUGCUCUUCCAAUCCUUCUACCAAUUCAGCUUCAAAGGAAUCAAGUUUGGAGUCCAAAGGAUUGACCCAAACUUCAAAUUUCAAUCUUGGAGAAGAAUUUAAUGAAAAUUACAAUGUGGGAGUUGGGAAUCCAAUUGUCCCCACUUAUAUUUCGAUUAAAAAGAUUAACUUGAGUGAUCAGGCCUUCUAUCUGUUGGCCUUUAUUGCUUGUACGACUUCUGUGGCGUUUACAAGUCUGGUCAUUGCAGCUGUUCCAACACUCCAUGCAAUGGGAAGAGCUGCAGUUUCUCUUUCCAAGCUAGCAGAUACUGCUCGUGAGGAGCUUCCCAGUACUAUGGCUGCUAUUAGGCUUUCAGGCAUGGAGAUCAGUGAUCUUACACUGGAACUAAGUGAUUUAAGCCAAGAGAUUGCUGAUGGUGUCAAGAAAUCAGCUCAAGCUGUGCAGGCUGCUGAAGCUGGAAUUCGUCAGAUUGGUUCACUUGCUCACCAGCAGACCAUGUCAAUGAUUCAAGAACGGGCUAGUUUGCCUAUCAUCUCUUUACAGCCGGUUGUUGCUGGGGCUGCUAGAAAAACUUCGCGAGCUGUUGGCCAAGCGACAAAGACCAUCAUGAAUAUCAUCUAUCGAGGAGAAUUCAGCUCAGAGAAUAAUGAUGAUAGUGGCAUUAGUAGAGUGGAAAUCUAAGGAGUUCAUUGCUCCUUGAUACUAAUGGAUGGCUGAUGUCUGUGUACAUAACAUAAAGAACCAAGCAUCAGAUCAAAGAUCUAUACUUUUCCACCUGUAUAUAUGCCCAAAAAUUUACAACCUAAUUGAGUUCAAUAUGUUACAUAUAAAUUACGAAAUAUGUUGUUUUUGUCUUGGCUUUGCAUUCUCCUCAAAUUCUCCUCAAAGUAUAGCAACAGGUCGUGUCUGGACAAGU